CCUCAGGUCACUCUAGAACGGGCAUACUAAGCUAUGCAUUUUGUGUGCGAUGGCCUUUAAAAUACAUUGCUCGCGUGACCAGCUAUGGUGACAAAUCUGGCCAAAAUUGUCCGCUGAAAAGCGGCAGGCGCCAAUUUAAUAGAAGAAGAAAGAAAGAAAGAAGUGACCAGCUAUGGCGGAACAGUAUUUAAAAUCCAUUAAAGUCGGUUUUAUCGGUGGCGGAAAUAUGGCUAGUGCCAUAGGCGCUGGUUUAAUUCACAAAGGUAUAUUAAAAGCAGAUAAUGUCUGGGUUUCUGGUCGUACAGACAGAACACAUGGAUUUUGGAGGGAUCUAGGUGCUCAUCCAACAUUGAAAAACAAUGACGUCAUGUGCAACUGUGACAUUAUAUUUCUGACAGUGAAACCGCAUAUGCUGGACGACGUACUUGAAACUGUUGUUGGGAGAAAAGCUGGUGAAAAAUUCGAGAGCAAGCUCUUUGUUUCGGUGCUUGCUGGAGUAUCUCUCAAUAUCUUGUAUACUAAACUUUCAACAAUUGUGACUUCACCAAGGAUAAUUAGAUCCAUGCCAAAUACACCCAUGAUGGUUGGGGAAGGAAUUACAGUUUAUUGCAGUAACAACGCUGAGUCGAAAGAUCUAGAAUUGAUAGAUAUGUUAUUCUCUUACAUUGGCAUGAGUCAAAAUGUUCCGGAAAGUCUUAUGAAUGGCAUUGGUGGCGUAUCAGGUAGCGGCCCAGCAUUUGCAUAUCUCGUCAUAGAGGCAUUAGCGGACGGAGCUGUGAGAAUGGGUGUGCCAAGACCAAUGGCGACUAAAUUUGCAGCACAGGUGCUGGUAGGAGCUGGAAAAAUGGUACUCGAAACUGGGCGACAUCCUGGCCAGUUGAAGGACGAAGUCUGUUCACCUGGAGGUACUACUAUUACCGGCAUUCAUGCUAUGGAAGUGGGAGGAGUUAGGGGAUCUAUAAUGAAUGCUGUCGAGGCUGCUGUGAAUAAAACAAAUGAACUAACAUCUCACUUAAAUUAG